CUGGGCUGUCUGGUAGGCAACAUUUACAAGUAGUUACUGCACUGGCAAUGAGAUCCAAAUACCUCACACGACUUCAACAUGAAAACCGGUGUGGAGCACCUGUUCGAUGAGCUUGGCCACUUUAAAAGGUUUCAGGCCUGCCUCUACUUCGCCGCUGUUUUCCAGGCCAUUUCAUGCGGGAUUCACUACCUGGCCUCCGUUUUCUUGGUGGAAACACCUAAGUUUCUAUGCGACACUCCUUGGAAUAUCACGGAUGUCCUUUACGGAAACCACUCGGCAAGCUCCCUGGAGGAGAUCUGGCCGUUUUAUACCCCCGGAAAAGGGCCAGUGGUGGUGCGGACUGUUAACGGAGAACAGUGGGAACUCGGACCCUGUCGCAAAAUGCUGCGUCGCUCCACCCAGGAUUUUCAGUAUGAGUUUAUUGGCAACAAAUCUGUAGAGUCAUGCAGCAGCUAUGUCUUUGAUCAUAGCCAGGUAGAACAGAGCAUUGUGACAGAAUGGGACCUGGUGUGUGAGAAGGAAUGGCUAGCUAAGCUUACACAGCCUACCUUUAUGCUGGGAGUCCUGAUCGGAGCACUGCUGUUUGGAGACAUCGCUGAUAGGGUUGGCAGACGUCCCAUUCUGAUGGCCACCAGUGUGUGUCAGUUUGCAUUCGGUGUCACUGUGGCAUUUACAGGAAACUACUACACUUUCAUGGUGACGCGCUUCCUGCUAGCCAUGGUCUCGAGCGGCUAUCUAGUGGUGGUUUUCGUGUAUGUUACCGAGUUCACAGGCAGCAAAGUGAGGACGUGGACGUCCAUGCACGUGCAUGCAGCAUUUGCGGUUGGCGUCAUGGUGGUCGCGCUGGUCGGUUACCUGAUCCGAGUCUGGUGGCUCUACCAGAUCAUCCUCACCCUCAGCACCUCUCCGUUUCUCCUGUACUGUUGGAAGUUCCCCGAGACACCGUUCUAUCUGAUGGCAAAAGGACAGCACCGGGAAACCCAGGAGCUUUUGGAUACCAUGGCACGCUGGAAUGGACUGGAGCGCAGAGUGAAGGUGUCGGAGCUGAUAGAGCAAAGUGGGAAUGCACUUCUUGAGGACAGGCACUCGAGUGGUGAUAUCAGGCUAGAGGAACCGGAGAAGAAGCUGAGCAUCCUGAACAUGUUCGGCAGCUGGAAGAUGGCUGGACGCAGCGCCACAUGUUGGGCGAUCUGGUUCAUCGGCUCGCUGGGUUACUACGUGUUCAGCCUGGGCUCUGUCAACCUGGGGGGAAACCAGUACAUCAACCUCUUUCUUGCUGGUGCUGUUGAACUGCCAUCCUACUUGAUCGGCUGCUUUGCGAUGGACCGAGUCGGGAGGAAAAUGACGUGUGCUCCUUCGCUGCUGCUCAGUGGAGUCGCCUGUAUGCUCAUCAUCGCUGUGCCUCAGGACUAUGAGAUUCUGGCUGUCAUCCUGAGUAUGACGGGGAAGUUUGCCAUCGCCAUCGCAUUUGGCCUUAUUUACUUGUACACGUGUGAGCUGUACCCAACAGUCAUCAGGUCACUUGCAGUGGGAAGUGGUAGUAUGUCAUGUCGGAUUGGAAGUGUGAUGGCUCCCUUCUGCGUUUACCUCGCAGACGUCUGGAUCUACCUUCCUCAGCUUAUUGUCGGCAUCCUGUCUUUCGUUAUCGGAGUUUUGAGCUUCUUCUUGCCGGAGACACUGGGGGAGCCACUUACCUCCACUCUGGAAGAGGCAGAAGCUCUGGGCACAAAGUCAAGCAAGAAAACAACAAGAGACAAUGAGAUACCAAUGAAGCUAAAUGACAGCAAAGCCUGAGUCAAUCGAGACUGAAGCAAUCAGGGAUUCUCUUGGAAUUGUGCUGGUUGCACGUUUGACACAACACUGUAACACCACAUAUUUUUUUUAGCAAACGAUUUGUGUAGAAAGACUCCUCUCAUUGAGGACUGACAAAUGAGACAAAAGUUGCACCUAGCUGUGGUAACAGAAGGAAAUGGACUUCUUUAUGUUUUGGCUUAUGGUACUGAAGUUUAAAGGACUCAACUGGCCUGUCAUAGUGAAUCUGUGAUUUUUUUCACUUUUUUAAGGGGUCCAGAUUCUUCUUUGUUUUCUGGCCAAAGUUGUAUCCAUAGAAACUGUUUGGUAAAUUUGGUAGAAUGUUUCAGAGCUUUCUUGUGCUGGGUUAAGACCAAAUUUAAAAGAUGUGCAAGAUAGCAAGAUAAGUGUAGCUUCAGGAGACAAUUGGUUUAGAAUUUGGAUAUAGAGUUUGCUAACUUGUUAGAUGUGCUGUUCUGUUUUAACGUUUUAAUGUUAUACUACUGUAGAGUCUGCAGGGUAAAACCGCUGCUGUCUUAAUCACCUGCUGUCGGUCAAACAUUGUCGGCAAAUCAUUUUGAAGUAUUUCUCAUUGAAUCAGUGAAUCAGAUUGCGCACAAAACAGUACCAAAGUAGUACGUUGGAGCUGAAAUGACUAGAAUGAAGACUGUAUGAAAGAAAUUUUAUGUCUGAUAUGAUAACUUGCCAAAUUGUAUGUAAAACAUUUAAUACUCUGUGUAUAGAGAGCAAUGAUAUAAGCUGUCUAUAUAUAUUUGUAUUUUUUUUUUUAGUUAUUUUUAAAAACAAAAACUGAGUGCCUUGCUCAUGCUGCAGAUGGACCAAUGAGUCUGUGAAUGGACUAAGGUUCACAUGUUUAAACGCUUGGUUAAACUGUAGUUUAAACAUCCUUCAGUUUUCAUACCAGAUCCUUUGUUUGAAAAAUUCUAAGAUAAAUUUCAUUGGUAUUUUGUUAUAUGUUAUUUUUGUACUGCUGGCUUUUCCAGGUGUUUCUUCGAUACAAUGAAAGAACUGAAUUAUGGUAAUUACUUGAUUUGUCCUUUAUUGAAGGAAUGUAAUAAAUUUAUUUGUCCCGUACAUAAACAUUCUAGGCAUUCUGUCGGUUAAGGGCUCGGAUGGCCUGUGGGAAGAAACUCCUCCUCAUUCUCUCUGUGUUUGCCUUCGGGGAAAGGAAAUGCUUUCUGACUGCAACAGAGAAAAGAUUCCGUUGUUGGGAUGGCUGAGGUCUGUCACGAUCUUCCUAGCUUUUGGUCCACCAAUGCUUGCUUUAGAUAGACUCCAGAUCAGGGAGCUCAGUGCGGAUGGGACUUCCGGCUGACCGCAGCACCCUCUGGAGAGCUUGUCAAAGCAGGUUAUGAUGCUUCCUGUCAGGAUGCUGGCAAUAGUGCAAGUGUAGAAGGUCCUUAGAACCUUAGAGGGCAGUUUAAAAUCCCUUAAGCAUCUGAGGUGGAACAGCCCUCUUUACCACAGUGUUGAUGUGACAGGACCAUGACAGGUCCUGCGAGAUAUGAAAACCUAGGUACUGGACACUGUCCACUCUCUCCACUGGGGUCCCAUUGAUCAUGAGUGGUUGGUGUUGCUUCUCAGCUAAUAUUUUUUUUUAACAUUGAGGUUAGUAAUGUGAACAAUUUCCAUCUCUGUAACACAAACCUAUUUUAGUUUUAUCUUUGUUUAUAUCUUCCACUGUAGCACAUAGUCUGCAAUGGCAUUAUCAGCAGUUAGUAUAAUACUACUGUAGUAUGUUAGAACACUAACAACUAAGAAAGACUGAAGUCAAUAUUCACACCAGGUGGACAUUAUUUCUGCUCAUCAUGUAACUGUAGACCAAUGACAGUUGCUACAUAAUUACAAGUAUAUGUUAGGGACAGAACACCAAUGUCAGUGGGAUUCUAACAGCCUUGAACUAGAUCAAGUGUCCAACCUUGUCUACAAAGGGUCAAGAGGUUUUUAUGACAAGCGUUCUCUUGCUCGCUUGUUUAUGAUUAAAUCUUAAAGAUAUAAUCGUUGUGUUUAUUUUGAUAAGGCUGCACACCCCGAUCAUUGCUGCACCUCAGACAACUUGGCAGAAUGGAUAUUGGCUGACUGCGCUGCACCUGUCAGACCUGACAAGAGAAGGCACAUUGCUCUGAAGUACUGGUCCUGGGCUAAAAUUUAUAAUCUCAAGCAUGCCCUUGGGUGUAAAGAAAAAAAAAGGAAAAAUCAAAAAGAGAUAGUAAUGUCAGCAUAUCAAGGUCCGACUCAUGCUAGAGCAGACCAGCAACAUAAUAGUGGUGAUUUACACAAACCACCACAGAGUCACGGAACCAAAGGUUGUUGAGGUGGGCUGAGAAGUCUCUAAGAGCUGCCUAUGUUCUAAGGCAACAGCAAGCAUACAAUGACUAUGCUGUCUCCUUGCAAGCCCAUACCAGGGCGUUGGAAAAUUCUCAAGGAGGUGGUUAAGCUCAUUUGGAACAUCAACAUGCAGAGUAGAAAUUGAUCUGUUUGUGAACAGAUAGUCUACUCAGUCUGCACUGUGGUUCAUGGACAGGGCAGAGACCAGGGCUUUGGGCCAGAAUGUGUUGACGUAGCACUAGCCAUCAUUUACAUAAC